CGAAGGAGGUAGUAAUUGGCAAGCACUUUAUUACUUCCCAUCUAGUCUAAAGCCUCCGGCACCCAGGAAUCAUGAACUUGAGGAUUGUCCUCGCCACAUUUGCAAUCUUGAUCCUUCAUGUGUCUGAAGCCAUAUUUCCUGUAAUUGUUGACUGUUGUACUGAAGUAGCUCAUCACAUUCCCAGAAGAUGGCUCGGAACAGUGAUGAAGUUUAAGAUCCAGAAGGAUGAAGUAUGCAAAAUCCCAGCUGUGAUUCUUUACAGAAAACGCAAAAAGUUUUGCAUAAGUCCACAGAAUAAACAUGUUAAGAGAUGGAUAAAACAGAAAGGAAAAGGUCACCGAAGAACCAGUCGUCAUUUUAGAAAGAGGAAGAAAGCGAAAAAAGGAAGGAAAAUGGAGAGAAAACAGUAGCAUGCUGAUCACUGAAACAGACUCAGAGAUGCUAUGUAACCUGUACCUUGUAAUAAAUUCUGCAGAGAUCUUUUAA